AUAAAAUACAUGGAAAACUUCCUGGGCUUUGAGGCAGUGCUAAAUUUUUUUUUACCAAAAAAAUACGGGUAUUUUUGGACCACCCUAUUGCACACAUAAAUUUUCCAACAAUGGGGGCGUUACAUGUUGACUGAUAAAAAAAAACGCCCUGAAUUUAUUUUAUAACCUACGCGGACAUCUUUCCCGCCAGUGCAGCUCCAGCAGUGCGCGCAGAAACAAGAAUCACCUUAAACUGCCGCGAUUAAAGUGAAAAAUAUUAAAAGUGCUUAAAUGCAGGAUAUUCCUGUGUAUUGAGAGACAAUGCCGCCCAACAGGAUAUCAACAUCCUGCCGCACCUCACUGCUACUACAAAUAAUAUUAUUAAUUAUUUAUUUGGAAGAUCCAGCCGAUGGAUUCGUUAGUUCCCCCAAAAUUAUAACCAAAGAUGGCAAUCUUAUAGUGGAAUCUGGACUUAAUCGCAAUAUCACAUUUCGCUUGGAUGGCACUUCGCGCAUUAAUAUCAAUGACGAAUAUGAUUUGUUGGAUUUACUGAUGCUGAGCGGCAAAUACAAUCGCUCCUCACCAAUGCACCAGGAUGUCUUUGAAGCGGACAAUUUGGCGCAACUCUCCAAUGAGUUGAAUACACUGCGGACGUAUGUCUUCGGUGCGGACGGCUUGGACAAGCGUUUGUACACAAUGUUGAAUAGAACUCGCUCCAACAAUCAGUCGCUACGUCGUUUUCAAACCCGUUUGCAACGUGUCGAACGAAAAGUGCAGAAUUUGUGGGAUCGCCUCGAAUUGGAUAGUUGUAAGAGUAAUCCUUGCGAGAAUGGUGGUACCUGCAUAAAUAUUUUCAGUGGAUUCAUUUGUAAAUGCCCGAAAAAUUUCGAGGGUGCCACUUGCCAGAACGACGUCAACGAAUGCGCCCUAUACGCCGGCACCGAUUUGGGUUGUCAAAAUGGCGGUCAGUGUGUCAACCAACAUGGCGGCUACAAUUGUAUAUGCAGCGCUGGUUGGUACGGCAUACACUGCACACAACGCAAAGGUGACUGCAUGCAGUCAUCCACUUGGGAGCUUUGCGCGCACGGCACCUGCGUGAAUAGCAAUGACGAUUUUGGCUACAAGUGCAUCUGCGAUGCGGGUUGGAAAACAAAUGGCCUAACACCCGCUUGCACUGUGGACGUGGAUGAAUGCAAUGAAUCACACCCGCCAUGCGCCACGAAAUGCAUAAACUUGCCAGGCUCGUUUACAUGCGCACCGUGCACUGCUGGCUUAACCGGCAAUGGUGUCAAUUGUCGGGAUAUCGAUGAAUGCGCAUUGCAAAAUGGUGGAUGCAGUUUGAGUCCGCGCGUGGUGUGCAUAAAUACCUAUGGCUCAUACCAUUGUGGUGAUUGUCCACUCGGCUGGAUUGGUGACGGGCGUAGCUGUGAGCGACGUGGUGGCACUAUAAAUACGAAUGGAGCCACUGCUACCAGUUGUGCGCUCAAUAAUUACUGUCAUCCGCUGGCCAAAUGUACCGAAGUCUCCAAUACGGCAGUGUGCUCUUGUCCAACUGGAAUGGUCGGUAGUGGCGUGGGCCUAAAUGGCUGCGUACAGGGUACACAACAGAAUUGCGCAACUAUGCCAUGUCAGAAUGGCGGCACUUGCGUCGAUUCAGGCGACACCUUCAUCUGCCUCUGCCCGAUGGGCUAUCGCAGUCCAACGUGUGCACCCGUCGCAAAUCCUUGCACACCGAAUCCCUGUCACAACAAUGGCCGCUGUCGUGCAACUGGUGGCACACAAUUCACAUGCCAAUGUCCGGCUGGUUUCAACGGUCGUCUGUGCGAUAAUCGCUUUAGCCGUUGCGGUGGCAUACUCUCAGGUCUGACUGGACAUCUGAAAUAUCCAGAAGGUUCACUUUAUGAUCACAUGGCACAAUGCGCCUGGGUUAUACGCACUAAUGAGUCUUUGGUGCUGAAUGUCACCUUCAACGCCUUCGAAUUGGAAGAUGCAACUGAAUGCCGCUUCGAUUGGUUGCAAAUUAACGAUGGUCGAAGCGCGGCGGCACAAAUCAUUGGCCGCUUUUGUGGUGUACACAAGCCGAGGGGCGGUAACCUUAUCUCCAGCAGCAGUGAAUUGUAUUUGUGGUUCAGGUCUGAUAAUUCGACAGCAAAGGCGGGUUUCGAAUUGGAGUGGAAUUCUAUACCACCGCAAUGUGGUGGUAUUGUAGAAGUUGAAUCGCAUGGUACACUCACAUCACCCGGCUCACCGGGCAACUAUCCGAAGAAUCGCGAUUGCCGCUGGCAGUUAAGAGCGCCAAAUAACAAACGUAUUAAGUUGACUUUCUUCAGUUUGCAAAUCGAGAAGCACGAAAGCUGUAAUUUCGAUUACUUGGAGAUCAUCGAUGCAAUUGCCGAUUCGACAAUAGUAAAAUAUUGCAAUUCAUCCUCACCGUCUCCACUGAUGCUGCCCACCAAUGAAGCAAUCAUACACUUUCACUCGGACAAUAUCGAAACAGAUGCCGGUUUUCAAAUAUACUAUUCCACAGAAGAACGAGUGCCUGGAUGUGGCGGUACUUAUACAGCUAAACAGGAUACCAUUGCAUCACCAAGUCUACAAGGAGACGCUCUCUCUUGUGAAUAUGACAUAAAAAUGGCAAUGGGUGAAUCGAUUAAAAUUGUAUUUACUAAAUUCGAAAUGAGUACAGACGAUUGUUUGGAGUUCUUCGACGUGCAUCCGAGCACACGCGAGCUUAUACUACAGGGAAAAUACUGUGGUGGUUAUGGUUCGGUACCGCCAGUCAUAUUACAUUCUUUAUACAAUGCACUACGUAUUAAGUAUUUUGCAAGGGCUGGUAAAUUCGAAUUUAAAUAUGAAGCUGAUUGCUCCUACAAUUUCGAGAGCAGCAAUGACGAAGUGCUUUCACCAGCCUACCCGAAAUUAGAAAAUAUAGAUCGUUUUUGCAAUUUUAAAAUAACAACUGAACCAAACACAGUUAUUUCGAUUAAAUUUAUCGAUUUCGAUCUUCACGAUAGUAGCAUAGAUUCAUUAGAUUGCGCGUUUAGUUCGCUGCGGAUUAAUGAUGGUCUUAAUCAAAAUAUCACUGGUCCUUUCUGCGGAAAUAAUACACCACCUGUGGAGUUUGUUUCGAAAACAAAUAUGCUGAUUUUUACUUACCACACCUCUCUUACCAGCUCAGGAAGAGGUUUCAAAUUAGAGUAUCGUUCCAUACCGAUGGGUAAAACCGAUUGUGGUGGUGUUUUCACGAAACCAGGCUAUAAGAUACGUUUACCCACUGGCGAAGAUGAUAUGUACCUGAACAACCUGGAAUGUUAUUGGGUCAUAAUGGCGCCCGAAGGUAAAGGUAUUAUGAUCAAUUGGGAGUCGUUUAGUAUGGAACAGACAAUGGACUGUAUGUACGAUUACGUGGAGAUAUUUGAUACUUUGGGACGUGAUGAGAGUGAUCGACCGUUGGGCAGAUACUGCGAUACACCGCCUUCUUUCUCCAGUCACUCUCGUCUUUUAACACUCAAAUUCGUAUCGGAUAGCUCCGAAUCGUCUGGUGGCUUCGAGGCCAGCUAUGAGUUUAUAGACAUUAGCAAGCAGUGCGGUGGCGAAAUAUUCUCCACUACUGGGCGCAUAUUUUCUCCCGACUAUCCAGCGAAUUACACAAAUGGCAUUGAUUGUAUUUGGGUAAUUAAUACUCCCGAGAAUACACAAGUCAAAUUAGACAUUGAUAUGUUUGAGUUGCAAGCGAGCGAAAACUGCGACAGCGAUUGGCUGGAAAUACGCAAUGGCGGCUCGGUGCAAUCACCCUUAAUUAAUAAAUAUUGUGGCACUUUGAUACCGCGACAAAUACCAUCAUUUACCCAUCAGUUGCGGUUGCACUUCCACAGUGAUAGUUUCCUCAGUGCACGUGGUUUCCAAAUACACUGGUUUGUCUUCUCGAACGGCUGCGGUGGCAAUCUGAAAUCGGAUGCCGGUGUUAUAGCUUCACCGCGCUAUCCAAAUCCAUAUCCGCACAAUGCUGAAUGUGACUGGCAUAUUCAGGUGCCAAAAGGCUCCUCUAUACAUUUCAGCAUCGACGAUUUGGAAAUCGAAGAAUUGUUCGAAUGUCAUUACGAUUACUUGGAAAUCUACAAUGGUCGCAGCACUUCACAUCCGUUGCUGGCGAAAUUGUGUCAGUUGGAACGACAGGAACCCAAACAACUUUUCACCACAAGCAAUGAGGCAUUGCUCCGUUUCCGCACCGAUAGCAGUCAGCGCGAGCGUGGCUUUUUACUGUCCUACUAUUCGAAUUGCACACGAACUAUCACCGAAAUUAGUGGUGUGAUCGAAAGUCCGAAUUUUGGCAAUCCUUAUUUCAAUGAUCCCAUAAAUUGUUCAUGGACCAUUCAAGCGCCAAAGGGUAAUCUCAUCGUAUUACAAUUUUCACAUUAUGAAAAACGUGAUGGCGGUCGAGAUGUUGUAUUCAAAGAGCCCGGCAAGAAUGAAACACUCGUACAUCUACUAUCGCCAAAUGACAACUUCACCACAACUGGAAACACACUGAUGGUUAUACAGAACAGCAGUUGGGUGAAUUUUCGCUUGGAAUAUGUAAUGUUCGGUUGCGUACAGGUGUUCCAUCGUGAAACGGGUGAAUUCCAAUCGCCCAACCAUCCGCUGCCUUAUCCCAACGAUAUUGAGUGUAUGUGGGAGAUCAAAACAACGCCUGGUCAAGGUGUUGAAUUGACCGUGACGGAACUGGAUAUUGAGGAGACAGUAAACUGUACCAAUGAUGCACUAGUGAUAUCUAGUCACUCUGAGAGCAACAAUUACAAAGAACGCCAUUGUGGCAAACAAGAUAAAUUGGUGAUUACUAGUUCGAGCCAUCAGCUGUUCGUUCGGUUUAUAAGUAAUAAGGAGCAUAACGGAAAAGGAUUCCAGGCAUCAUACAAGAUAUUGAAGUCGCAAUGUGGUGGUGUACUGAGUAGUAAAAAUGGUGUCAUUACAUCACCUAAUUACCCACUCAAUUAUCCGCCGGAAGCAAGUUGCGAAUGGACUAUCGAAGUGACGCCGUAUCAUUCAAUCACACUUACCUUAGAAGAAAUUGAAAUGGAAAACUAUUAUUCGUGUGAAAUGGACUAUGUAGAGGCAUACGAGGAUGGCAACAGUGAUGGUGAUACGGCUAUAGAGGAGGGCAAGCUACUGUUCAAAGAGUGUGGUUUGGCAGAUUCAACGCAAACUGAGUGGGUUACCACUACCAAUAGGGCGGUGGUGCGUUUUGAGAGUGACGAUAGUAUACAAUCGAAGGGUUUCAAAUUGAGCUACAAGGAGAAUUGUGGACAACGCAUUGAAAUUGGCGAUGAUGAUGUGGGUUAUAUCGGUAUAAGUCGCAAUGUGGUAACGAAUGAAACUUGCGAAUGGCAUUUAAUAGCAAAAGAUCUAACCAAACAUGUACAAUUCACACCUACGCACGUACAGCUCAGUCCACUGGUAGCAAUGUCGGCAUUGACGGAGGAGGACUGUAUGGAUCAGGGCGUAAAGGUAUAUGAUGGUAUGGAUGACACUGCACCCCUGCGCGCCAAAUUCUGCAAAACACAUCCACCAGAUAUUAUUUCGAAUGGACAUGCGCUCACCAUCAGAAUGCCACUGAAUGUUACGACCGAAAUUGAAGGAUACUAUCUAUUGGUGGAUAGUUGGUGUGGCGGUUAUUACUCAUCGAUGAGUGGCAAAUUCGCCACACCCUAUUAUCCGUCCUCAUAUCCAGUGAAUAUCAAUUGCGAAUGGUUUAUUGUAGCCAGUGAAGGCAACUCGCUUAUAUUCACAAUUGAAUCAUUCGAUUUGGAGGAAUCGGAGGGUUGCAACAAAGACUAUCUGGAAGUGCGUGACACAAAAGAGAGUGGUCCUUUACUAGGUCUGUUUUGUGGUACAAAUAUUCCACCACCCAUAACGGGCGUUCAAUCAAUAUGGGUGAAAUUCGGCAGCGAUGAUGAUGGCGUGGCUAAUGGUUUUGUGGUGUCCUAUAAUUAUGCUACGCACAAUGAAAUCAAUGGCACAAAUGGUACAAUUGAGUCACCGCAUUAUCCCACCAAGUUCCAUGUAGAUGAACCGUACACUUGGCGUAUUACAGUCGACAAGGAGUACGUGUUGGUGGUGGUCAUAAAACAUGUUAUCGAUGUGGAUAUACCAUUUAUAAAGUUCUACGACGGCUAUUCGGAUAUUGGACUUCAGAUCGAUUACUCGAACGAAAAUUAUGUCCAUUCCAGCACAAAUAUACUAUACAUAAAG